CGCUGCUUAUGGGGCUGCCUGUGUUAUGGGGUCAGCGCUGCUUAUGGGGUCAGCGAUGCUUUGAUGGGGGGUCAGCAAUGCUUAUGGGGCUGCCUGUGUUAUGGGGUCAGCGCUGCUUAUGGGGUCAGCGAUGCACAUGGGGUCAGCGCUGCUUUUAUGGGGUCAGCACUGCUUGUGGGGUCAGCGCUGCUUAUGGGGUCAGCGCUGCUUUUAUGGGGUCAGCGCUGCUCGUGGGUCCAGCGCUGCUUAUGGGGUCAGCAAUGCUUAUGGGGCUGCCUGUGUUAUGGGGUCAGCGAUGCACAUGGGGUCAGCGCUGCUUAUGGGGUCAGCAAUGCUCAUGGGGUCAGCAAUGCUUAUGGGGCUGCCAGUGUUAUGGGGUUAGAGCUGCUUAUGGGGUCGGCGCUGCUUAUGGGGCUGCCUGUGUUAUGGGGUCAGUGGUGCUCAUGGGGUCACCAGUGCUUAUGGGGCUGCUGGCGCUUACAGGGCUGCCAGCGCUUAUGGGGUCAGCGAUGCUUAUAGGGCUGCCUGUGCUUAAGGGGUCAGUGAUGCUUAUGGGGCUGCCACCACUUAUAGGGUCAGCGGUGCUUAUGGGGCUGCUGGCGUUUAUGGGGUCAGCGAUGCUUAUAGGGCUGCCGACGCUUAUGGGGUCGGUGGUGCUUAUGGGGCUGCUGGCGUUUAUGGGGUCGGUGGUACUUAUGGGGCUGCUGGCAUUUAUGGGAUCAGCGAUGCUUAUGGGGCUGUCUGUGCUUAUGGGGUCAGCGAUGCUUAUGGGGCCAGCCACACUUAAGGAGCUGUCUGAACUUAUGGGGCUGCCUGUACUUAUAGGACUGCCCCUGCUUAUGGGGCCGGCCACUCUUAUGGGGCCAGCUGUUCUUAUGGGACCAGCGAUGCUUAUGGGGCUGCCUGCACUUAUGGGGCCAGUGAUGCUUAUGGGGCUGCCUGCACUUGUGGGGCCAGUGAUGCUUAUGGGGCUGCAUGUGCUUAUGGGGCUGGCCACCCUUAUGGGGCUACCUGGGCUAUGGGGCCAGCCACUCUUAUGGGGCCAGCUGUUCUUAUGGGACCAGCUCUGCUUAUGGGGCUGCCUGUGCUUAUGGGGUCGGCGAUGCUUAUGGGGCUGUCUGCGCUUAUGGGGCUGGCCAACCUUAUGGGGCUACCUGGGCUAUGGGGCUGGCCACUCUUAUGGGGCCAGCUGUUCUUAUGGGACCAGCUCUGCUUAUGGGGCUGCCUGUGCUUAUGGGGUUGGCAAUGUUUAUGGGGCUGCUGGCAUUUAUGGGGCUGCCUGUGCUUAUGGGGUCAGUGAUACUUAUGGGGCUGCCUGCACUUGUGGGGCCAGUGAUGCUUAUGGGGCUGCAUGUGCUUAUGGGGCUGGCCACCCUUAUGGGGCUACCUGGGCUAUGGGGCCAGCCACUCUUAUGGGGCCAGCUGUUCUUAUGGGACCAGCUCUGCUUAUGGGGCUGCCUGCGUUUAUGGGGUCGGCGAUGCUUAUGGGGCUGCUGGCACUUAUGGGGUCAGCGAUGCUUAUGGGGCCAGCCACACUUAAGGAGCUGUCUGAACUUAUGGGGCUGCCUGUACUUAUAGGACUGCCCCUGUUUAUGGGGCUGGCCACCCCUAUGGGGCCAGCUGUUCUUUUGGGACCAGCGAUGCUUAUGGGGCUGCCUGUGCUUAUGGGGUCAGUGAUGCUUAUGGGGCUGCUGGCAUUUAUGGGGCUGCCUGUGUUAUGGGGUCAGCAAUGCUUAUGGGGCUGCCUGCACUUAUGGGGUCAGCGAUGCUUAUGGGGCUGCCUGUGCUUACGGGGCUGGUCACCCUUAUGGGGCUGCCUGCGGCUAUGGGGCCAGCCACACUUAUGGGGCUGCCUGCACUUAUAGGACUGCCCGUGCCCUGCUUUUAUGGGGCCAGCUGUUCUUAUGGGGCCAGCUGUUCUUAUGGGACCAGCUCUGCUUAUGGGGCUGCCUGCACUUAUGGGGCCGGCAGGACGGGGUGCCGCUGGGGACCCCAAAAGCCUCUCCUGGGUUCCGGCGCUCCGUCCCCACUGCUGUGCUGUGGGGUGGUGCCCCAUAUGGGGCGUUGGGGCCGUGUAGGGUGACGCCCCCUCCCCUAUUUGGGGUUUUCCCCCCGGGCUGGGGGUGAGGGCUCCCCCCACAACAGUGCGGCCCCAUCUUUAUUUGGGGGGGGGGGUGACCUUAUAGGAUGACCCCAAUCCCGACCCCUCACCGCCCCAUAGCGCCGGAACGGCCCCCGACCCUAAAACAAAGAGCCCGCGGCUGCACGAGGCUUUGGGGCCGCCCCCGGGGGGGGAGGAGCCCUAUAGGGCGGGGGGGGCGGGGAUGUCCCGGAUCGCGGCGAGGGGCGAUCGGAGCGGAAAGG